GAAGAAUUUAUGCACAAGCCGUCGAAGAAGACAGGCUUUUUCUGUUGUGCUUCCUGGGUCCUCGUUAGUUAGCAAUAAACUCAGGGAGGGAACAUGGAUAAGAACCAAACAUAUUGUACUGUGUUGGAUAAAAAGAGCCAGUCUAAAUUUAUUUGCUAUACUCAUAGAAAAAACGGAAUAUUUUGUAUUUGUUUGACAGAUGCCUCUGAUGUUUGGAGCACAGAGUACACCGAGGACACACUGAACCAGUUUAGACAGAGGUUUGCCUUGAAAUCUACAGAGGAUUAUGUCCUAAAACUCAGGUUGGCCUGUGGUAGUGGGGACGGGUCUGUUGUGGUUACUGACACCGGGGCAGAGCUGCAUGUGGGCUCCAGUCCAGGUGACCUAAGUGUUACCCUAUCCAGGCUGGAAGGCCCAGAGGCUACAGAGGAACUGAAGGAACUGCUGUUCAGGAUGGCUGACAGCCUCACUCAGCUUGACAGUAAAUUUAGACCCCUGCCUGUCAGUCCAGUGAAAAAUCACCCAAGGCAUCCCACAGAGUUUGAGCCCCGGCAGCAGCAGAAUUGUGCUCCCUCAGUGACUGUGAAGAGACGACUUCCAGGAGCUUCACUCAUUAACCCAGGAACUAAAAAAAAGCUGCAAGCGACUGGUGUGGCCUUUGAUGAUGCCGAUGAAGACUGAUCCUUUAGACAACACAAACUCUUUUUGUCCUCCAUGUUCUCACAUUACUGCUGCACAACCAACAAGGAUUGUUCUUUUGAUCCGUUAAUGCAAAAUUAUGAAGUUGAUGCAUAUUCUUUUUUAAACACAGCCACUUGAAUGCCUUUAUGGGAUAUGAUAUAAAUCACAAUGAAAAUUUGAACAGUGAUUUUUAAUGGUAUUUUAAUAUCUCAAUGUGAUGAAUGAUGCUUUAACUCUAUGAUAUUAGUUUGACUUUAAAUUAAUCUGUAAAUGAAAUAAAGAACAAGUUGCAACAAAUUA